AUGACGCGGUUAUAUGCCUCGGCUUGGGCCUUUGCCCUAUGCGUGCUUUUCGCCUCCAUCGUCACAGUCCAGGGAGCUGACCCGAUCGGAGGAAACAACAACAAUAACAACAAUAACCAGCAGCAGAGCGGGAGUGUGUCAGCGUCAGCGUCAACCACCUCGAUUCCUCAGACGGCUGCAGCAGGUGGGAUUGUCAUCACCCAACCAGCCGAGCAAGCCUCGCAGCAGUCGUACUACAAGAUCGCCUCCGGCGUCAAUGUCACUUUCGGCUGGAACUUUACUUCGAUCAUUCAGCAACCGUCGUCAUUGACGGUGCAAGCUUACAACACGGAGAUGUCAAACACUUACCUGAUCACCGUCCUACCUGGCACGGCCACCUCGGUUGUGUGGUCGCCCUGGGAGCUUCAAUCGUCGCAGCGAGCACAGAACAAACAGGACCUCACCCAAGCUACUUACCGACUACAAAUCUACGACGAAAGAGGUCUCAACACCGGCAUUGUCGGAGGAAGGAUGACACCGAAUCAAAAGGUUCAGUUUGCCCUCUACAUUCCCCAGCCAUACACGAGUCUUGCGGAUGGUUGGACGUGCGAUGCGUGCACCAGCAGCGGUGCAGCUUCAAGGGCGAAACGGCCACUUCUGCUUGCUGUCGUUCUCACCACGUUGCUAGUCACGCUCUCUGGCGUAUGGGAGCUCUUGACGAGAUGA